AAGUGGCUGCCGCCGUUUGCGAGAAGCGUUUCGGUUUCAUCUGCUUUUUAUUUACAUUUUACGUUCGUUUCGAACAACCCACAAUGUCUGUCUGUGUUGCACGACUGUUCAUUGGCUGCGGUGCAUCAAAGCGGUUGCAACUCUGAGCUAGCAUUCCCGCUGUCGUCUGCGAUGGCUUGCACGGCAAUGGCUCAAUGGGUGUCAGUGGACUCGUUCGCAAAAUCUGCGAGGUAAAAGACCUCCUCGCUCUUUUUGUUCUAAAAACGGUGCCGCUACCGUGGUCCGGGCACGCGGCCGUUGGCCGUUCAGUCCCAGCCAUUGAUUGCCACAACGUCACCAAGCUCCUCCUUUCCAUCACGGCCAACCUGACAGCACGCACUUCAAAUUUUACGGAAGGCGUCAACAGCACCAGCACGGGUGGUCCGUUGGAGGCCAGUCAACGGCAAGCGUUGCUCUACAUUGUGGUCGUGCUUUUCUUCUACUCGUUCGGCAUCGGGUUCAUGAUGAUCCGUUACAUGCGGCAGGAAGCCAAGGAACAGGAAGAGUGUAAGAUGUACAGAAGGUAUGUCAAUGCAGCGCACGAGCAGUACCUCAACUCAACAAACAGAGCGAGGCUCGCGAACAGACUGGCUCUGCAAGCGCUCAACACCGUGAACGCCAUCCCGCAGACCACCCAUGUUGGGUCAAAGGUGACGUUUGUGUGAUGAGGUACCGGAUUCGAUGUGUUGCCGACAUCGAGACGCAGAGCCCUUUCUCUUCACUGUCAGUUUCGGUUUAUUUUACGAGAAAAGAAAAAAAGAAAGAUCAUGUAGCAACGGCAAGCCCGUGUUGCAGACCCAUAUUCAAAACAUCAUACAACAAAGUAACAUUGUCUCGUUAGGAACUGUCACGACAGAACUGCAGAUGUCUUGGAAGAUUGUGUUCAAAGCGUCACCACGGGAGUAAAUCUCGUGUUUUCAGAAUCCUAUCGAAUUUAUGCUGUUACAAUCCACGUGCCAUUGAUUUAUAAUGUCGAGAAGUAUGAUGUCACGAGGUGCCCAACGGACCACACCUCUGGCAACGCUGCUCCUCCAGGGUCGAUUCCCAUCUCCUCACCACGGCUGUCUUUCAACGUGGGGUGGAGAGCGGAGACGCACGCUGCUGAUGCGGGCGGAAGCCAUAGCUCUCUGUGACGUCACUCGUGUUAUCCGAAAUUAUAUGAUGCCUUGCGGGUUCUUUCGAAAAUUUGUGAAAGCACGUGAUGCUCACUGGUGGCAUUUAUAUUUUCCGUAGAUAGCGUUUGAGCCAAGUUAGUUUUUUUAACGAAAUAAUUUUUAUUUUCACAAAUAUUAUUAUCACUUUUUUUUUAGUCUGUAGUGGCACUUUAAAUUUGUCUCAGUAUUACGAUCAGUAGCCGCUGUUAUAUUUAAGUGUAACGUGCGAGCUCAUGGCCCACGAGGACGAUUGUUGCCACUGGAUUUGAGACAAGGGCCUAGUGCGCAUAGAGCACCUUCGUUGAGCACCGUGGGUUUGCAGCCGAGAAAAGUUGCAAUUGAGGUAACCGCCGUCCCAUACAGCUUGCCAAGCCGCUGUCAUGAAGCCGCAAAUGUGUGCUGAGUCCGGGACCCAGUCUUGAAGUCAGCGGCAACGUUCCACCGCGCUGGCAUCUGCAUGAACCGUGCUGUUUUGCGUUCCAGUUAAGUCUGAAGGUGACUUACUUCAAGCACUUUUUCAAUCUUCGAGUGAGGGCUCGUCGGAACCACAAGUCCACAGUGUCACUUAUCUCUUCAGCAUCAAAACAUGUGGUUAGAAUUUUGUUCCCUUUCUUUGAGGAAGGUAACAUGUCUGUAGAAUUAAGGGGACACUAAAGAGCAAAAAUUUCUCCUAAUGCAAUGAAAGAUGCUGUCCGUGAUUUAAGCGCCAAGGUAACCACCAUUUUCGCUUCGUCUCAUGAGGUGGCGAGGGUGCCCAACCAAUCAGCAUGUGAAAUCAUUUGCGGACCAAUGGGAGAACGCCCUGCACUGUCACACCUUUUGAAGAGGAGAGAAAGCGCAAAUUGCAGUUUCCUUCGUGCAUAAAUCAGGAACAAUGGAACAGAUGAAUACCGUUCCUUUUGUAUUGCUGGCAAGGAGAAAUUUUUUUUACCUUAGUGCCCCUUCAACACGUAUUUGAUGCCGUCUGAAAGGCAUCUCAUUGCUUACUAAUAUUGUGGAGGGAUGACAUAGCAUUUAGAAGCACGUUGUUACAAAAUUAUUUUGAUGUGACCCUACAUUUAGAGAGACAUUCUCAAAGACGAGAAUAAAGAGCAUAAUUAUUUCGAAGACACUAAACAGCCACCGCCAACAGACGCAACGUCUGUAACACUUUUCCUAGCAGCUAUCUGCCGUUUAUAGGUUCGACCAAGUGGUAACAGCAGCUGAAGUGACAAUCUACACUGUCACUAUACUAUGAGCCACUACAAUCAACCAACGACGAAACACCUGUACAUUAAUAUUUCAUCAAUGCAAACAAAAAAGAAGAAAAUUAAAAGGGAAGUCUUGUACAUUGUGACUUUGGGCGAAGUGUUACUACCAGGGCUCGAAGCCGUAACUGAACCGUAACCGAAAACCGCAAAAAAACAUUAUUUUUUUGCUGAACCGGACCCGAACUGUAGACACUUUUUCUCUUCCCUUCAACGAACCGGAACUGAACCGAAACAAUAUGAUGCAGUAACCGGUUUGCCAGACGGUAAAAACGCCUAUACCUUCCCACUCGACUGCCGCGCACCAGCUCCCUGCAUCGCUCAGAAUCUUGUCGAAUUCAUAGAGUGGACAAAUUGAUAAACCAAGAAGUGGUGAGUCCAUGCUCCUCCUACAGCCUCGCCUCCAAAAGGUUCACGACAUCCUUGCACAUUUUUGUGACUCGAGGUGUAAAAAAAAGGAUGUGCUACACGACAGCUACACUUUGCAUUGUUGCCCCGGCUGCUUCCUUUCAUUCAGCGUCGCAGUGUGAAGGAGACGUAAAUUUUAAUAGUUCACAGUGACAUCCACAAGCAACGCAGACCUCUAGAGACCACGGGAAAGAGGUUGGUGUGUGGUCCAGAGCAUGAAGGAAGGAAACGCAGGGGCGCCCUCUUUUUAACGGGGAGCAGCGUGCCGGCCUGCGCAUGGGACUCUGGGAUACUCCUAUAUACGACGUGACCACGUGACUGCUUUCUUCACUUUUUUGCUCUAGAAAUUGGCGACAGCCUUUUGCACUGGAGUUCAAUGAUAUGCUGUAUGCCAUUUCCUAGCACUUUUCGGUACAGUAAAGGAUGAUCUGCUGUGGAAGCAUGGUUCUUUGUACCUACGAAGUGUAGAGGCGAGGGUGUAAGAGAAAGGAAGGAAGAGCAAGCCAUCGCCGGAACCUGAUAUUACAUCUCGCAUGUGGUACACUGAGUAGCACAGCACACGUAAACCAGUUCGAACUGAUUAAUAUUGGUUCAAACCAUUAUUUUGGUUGCACUAAUCCCAAACACAAACCGAACUGAUAACCUUGAACCGGAACUUGAACCCGAACCCCCCAAAAUAACGGUUUCGAGCCCUGGUUACUACCACUUUAUCUACAUAUACUGACGCAAGCGUACUCAAAACGCUGCUGAAUAAAGCCGUGAAAAAGGAAGGAAGUAAUGGGUGCACAGGAUUCGUAAAAUUUACAUGUGGAAAAACGUGCCUCAAUUAAUAUUGGAACGGUGGCCAGAAGGGAGAUGUGCCGUUCACUUUGCCAAGCCCAAAGGGUGGGGAAGUGGGGAGGGUGGAAGGGUAUUUGGGGUGUCACGGAGUAAUGCAGAACUACUGUCCAGCGCAGAGAGCAUGUGAGCUUCCCUCAGCACCCUUCAUUGAGAAGCUCGUUGUACAGUGCUGGACAAAAGUUUACGG